AUGGCACUCUCGGUGACAGGGCUCACUGUCUUCUCUCUCCUGCAAACUGCCCUCUCCCUGAACCCCGAGGACCCCAACGUGUGCAGCCACUGGGAGAGCUAUGCGGUGACCGUCCAGGAGUCCUAUGCACACCCCUUCGACCAGAUCUACUACACGCGGUGCACAGAUAUCCUCAGCUGGUUCAAGUGCACCAGGCACCGGAUCAGUUACAAGACGGCGUAUCGGCGUGGCCUCCGGACCAUGUACCGGCGCAGGUCCCAGUGUUGCCCUGGCUACUACGAGAAUGGAGACUUCUGCAUACCCCUGUGUACGGAAGAGUGUGUGCACGGCCGCUGUGUUUCCCCGGACACCUGCCACUGCGAGCCCGGCUGGGGAGGGCCCGACUGUUCCAGCGGCUGUGACAGCGACCACUGGGGCCCCCAUUGCAGCAAUCGGUGCCAAUGCCAGAAUGGAGCCCUGUGCAACCCCAUCACGGGCGCCUGCGUGUGUGCCGCCGGCUUCCGCGGCUGGCGCUGCGAGGAGCUCUGUGCGCCGGGCACCCACGGCAAGGGCUGCCAGCUGCAGUGCCAGUGCCGCCACGGAGCCAGCUGCGACCCCCGCACCGGCCAGUGCCUCUGCGCGCCGGGCUACACCGGAGUCUACUGUGAGGAGCUGUGUCCACCUGGAAGCCACGGGGCUUACUGUGAGCUGCGCUGCCCCUGCCAGAAUGGGGGCACCUGCCACCACAUCACUGGAGAGUGUGCCUGCCCCCCAGGCUGGAUGGGAGCAGUGUGUGCCCAGCCCUGCCCACCAGGGACAUUCGGCCAGAACUGCAGCCAGGACUGUCCUUGCCACCAUGGAGGGCAGUGUGAUCAUGUGACUGGACGGUGCCACUGCACAGCUGGCUACAUGGGGGACAGGUGCCAAGAGGAAUGCCCGUUUGGGACCUUCGGCUUCCAGUGCUCACAGCGCUGUGACUGUCACAACGGAGGCCAGUGCUCGCCCACCACCGGCGCCUGCGAGUGUGAUCCCGGCUACAAAGGCCCCCGCUGCCAGGAGCGGCUGUGCCCUGAGGGACUGUAUGGCCUGGGCUGUGCCUUGCCCUGCCCCUGUGAUGCCGACAACACCAUCAGCUGCCACCCAGUAACUGGAGCGUGCACCUGCCAGCCAGGCUGGUCUGGCCACCACUGCAACGAGUCCUGCCCUGCUGGCUACUAUGGCAAUGGCUGCCAGCUGCCUUGCACCUGUCAGAACGGCGCCGACUGCCACAGCAUCACUGGGAGCUGCACUUGUGCCCCAGGCUUCAUGGGAGAGGUCUGUGCAGUUCCAUGUGCCACGGGGACCUACGGCCCCAACUGCUCGUCCGUCUGUACCUGUAACAACGGUGGUACCUGCUCCCCCGUGGAUGGCUCCUGCACCUGCAAGGAAGGGUGGCAAGGCCUGGACUGCACCCUGCCGUGUCCCAGCGGGACGUGGGGCCUGGACUGCAGUGAGAGCUGCACGUGUGCCAACGGGGCAGCCUGCAGCCCCGCCGAUGGCUCCUGCUCCUGUGCCCCCGGCUGGCUCGGAGACACCUGCGAACUGCCCUGCCCGGAUGGCACAUUUGGGCUAAACUGCAGUGAGCGUUGUGACUGCAGCCAUGCGGACGGCUGCGAUCCUGUCACAGGCCACUGCUGCUGCCUGGCCGGAUGGACAGGCAUCCGCUGUGACAGCAUGUGUCCACCUGGUCGCUGGGGCCCCAACUGCUCCGUCUCCUGCAGCUGCGAGAACGGUGGCUCCUGCUCCCCAGAGGACGGGAGCUGCGAGUGUGCCCCUGGCUUCCGAGGACCCUUGUGCCAGAGAAUCUGCCCCCCUGGCUUCUAUGGCCAUGGCUGCGCCCAGCCAUGUCCCCUCUGCGUGCACAGCAGUGGUCCCUGCCACCACAUCAGUGGCAUCUGUGAGUGCCUCCCUGGAUUCUCCGGAGCCCUCUGCAACCAAGUGUGUGCUGGAGGGCGCUUUGGACAGGAUUGCGCCCAGCUCUGCUCCUGUGCCAACAACGGGACCUGCAGCCCCAUCGAUGGCUCCUGCCAGUGCUUCCCUGGAUGGAUUGGCAAGGACUGCUCACAGGCUUGCCCACCAGGGUUCUGGGGCCCUGCCUGCUUCCACACGUGUAGCUGCCACAACGGGGGACGCUGUAGCGCCGAGGAUGGGGCCUGCCACUGCACCCCUGGCUGGACUGGACUCUUCUGCACUCAGCGCUGCCCCGCAGCGUUUUACGGGAAGGACUGUGGGCGUGUGUGCCAGUGUCAGAAUGGCGCCAGCUGUGACCACAUCAGCGGCAAGUGCACCUGCCGCACGGGCUUCACCGGGCGACACUGCGAGCAGAGAUGUGCCCCAGGAACCUUUGGCUACGGGUGUCAGCAGCUAUGUGAGUGCAUGAACAAUGCCACCUGUGACCACGUCACCGGCACCUGUUAUUGCAGCUCUGGAUUCAAAGGAAUACGGUGUGACCAAGCUGCCCUCAUGAUGGAGGAGCUGAAUCCCUACACCAAGAUCAGCCCGGCGCUGGGUGCAGAGCGGCACUCGGUGGGCGCUGUCACAGGCAUCGUCCUCCUGUUGUUCCUCAUUGUGGUGCUGUUGGGCCUGUUCGCCUGGCGCCGGCGGCGACAGAAAGAGAAAGGCCGUGACCUGGCUCCCCGUGUCUCCUACACACCUGCCAUGAGGAUGACCAGCACGGACUACUCACUCUCAGGUGCUUGUGGAAUGGACAGACGUCAGAACACAUACAUUAUGGACAAAGGCUUCAAAGAUUACAUGAAAGAAUCCGUGUGCAGUUCUAGCACUUGUUCCUUGAAUAGCAGUGAAAACCCUUACGCCACAAUUAAGGACCCACCCAUCCUCACCUGCAAGCUUCCAGAAAGCAGCUAUGUAGAAAUGAAGUCGCCUGUGCACAGAGGGUCUCCGUACACAGAUAUACCAUCCUUGUCGACAUCUAAUAAAAAUAUAUAUGAAGUUGAGCCCACAAUCAGUGUGGUCCAAGAAGGCCUCGGUCAUAACUCCAGCUAUAUCCAGAAUCCAUACGACCUACCUAGGAACAGCCAUAUUCCUGGUCAUUAUGACCUCCUCCCAGUAAGACAAAGCCCUGCCAAUGGGCCCUCCCAGGACAAGCAGUCUUAA